AUGUCGCGCGUCUCCGUGUUCGCAGGGCAGAAGCCCAAGCCGAAGGAGUCGUUCAAGUUCCUGCGGCGCGAUGAGGGGCGUCUGUCGUAUUCCGCGGCCACGGCAGAAUCGCCGUCAAAGAACACCGCUAAUGGCACCGACGGCACCAACAUUAAUCGUGAGCGCCGUGACUCCAAGGCGCUGCGCGAGGCUAUCGCCUAUGACAUGCGCAAUGCCAAGAGCCAUGACCCACUCGGGGAGGUGGUGGUGGCUGUUCCCCGCAAGGCACCUCCGCCCACGCAUGCCGUGAGCGCACCUCCACCCAACACCAACGCAUCUAGUGGGACCGAGAAGCCGGCAGCCGCUGCGCCGCCGCAGCGACGCCAACCUGCCCGCGCAGCGAACCCUAAGAAACCGGAGUGGGUCAACCCCGACAUCCCACCAUCGCCGCUGCUGCAGGCUCCGAUACGUUCGGAGGUGGAGCAUCCGGCGGACAACUACUUUGAGACACCUUAUAGCGACUCCUACAGCGGCGGCGCUGCGGCACCGUCGAGUGGCAUCGGCCGGUCCGUCAGCCGUGGCUCGGACACCAAUGGGGCCGACUUGGGACGGUAUGGUGGACUCACCCCGCGUAGCGCCGCCAUGGGGGCGCCGCGCUUCGCUUCUCUCAAGUAUGAGGAGUCGAGUGCCACGCCAUCGUAUGGGCAGGAUCGUAACUACUUCCGUCGAGCGCCCUACUACCGCGACCCCGCCCUAGGCUCUGAUGCUCACUCACCAGCGGGCAGUCGCAGCCGCGAGGAGGACGAGCUCAUCGCGAGCUUGGAGCAGGAAAUCAAGGCUGCGCAGAAGGAGCGCAAUCACUACGCGGACGCACGGCAGCAGCUCGAUCGUGAAAAGCAGCGCUUUGAGUCGUACCGAUAUGGUGCGCGGCAGCAAAUGGAGGAUGAGCGCGCUGACGCUGGUGAACGCCGCUCACGCGAGCAGCGCGAUGCUCAGAAGGAUCUGCGCGCCACGGAGGAGCGCUUCAAGAACGUAUCGGGGCUGCUUGUAGCGGAGCGUGAGACAAACCGACGCUUGACGCAGGAGAACGACUCGCUGCGCACUCAGCUCGAGGACCUCACAUCGACGAUGCGCGAGGCGCAUAGCAUACACAAGGCGGAGGUGGCCCGCAUGCGCCGCGACAUCGACUCCCUGACGCGCCGAAACGCCGAACUGCUCGCAAUGGCGAAGGAUCAGCAGCUGCAGUGCCUCGAAGGCGCGUCCGCCUCAGCGGCGACGCGACAAAGCAGCACCUCUCGCCUGUCCGUCUCUCUCGACCCCUCCGCUCAGCGCGCCUCCUCGGCAUCGUAUGAGGACGGCGAUGAUGAAAACAACGGUGCAGCCGCGGUGGGGGAGCGGCGGGCUUCACGCGCGGCCCCUCUUGCCGUCAUGGACUUCACACCCCGUGCUGCGUCCAGCGAGGCGGCGGCGCGCGAGAAGCGCAAUCGGCAAAUGCAGGACCGCAUGCAGGCCGAGGAGCAGGCGAUGGAGGAGCGGAAGCGGCAGCGCGAGAGGUAUAUCGCAGACCGCAAGAGGGAGGAGCAGGAGAAAAAGACGCGGCACCGGGUUUCUGUGGUCGCUGCCGCUGCCGCGACGCCGCACCGCCACCGUGAGGAGGAGGAUCUUCGAAAGGCUGAAACGGCUGCAGCGAAGUCGGUGGAUGAACGGAGGAUGUCGGGGCACCCGGUUCACACGCCCCGGAUGCAGCCCGUCGGUUCAUCCGUCAAACGGCGCCCCUCCGUCAGCGCGGUGCACCCGCGGGUGCCGAUAAAGCGCCACCACGUUCCCACUCGGGAGGAGCUGAUUGGUUGCAUGGAGGAGUUCCCGACGGAGAAGCUGUGCGAGGACGAAGUCGUGUCGCAGACGGCUCUGGGCGACAACUCGAACAAGAAGGAGGUGCUGUACCGCAGUGGCAAGCGGGAAAUCCACUACGCGAACGGCACAGUGAAGGUCGUGCUGCCAUCUGGACACACGACGCUGCACUUCACGAAUGGCGACGUAAAGUGUACCUUUCCCUCCGGAAAGAGCACCUACUGGUACGACGCGGCGCAGACGAUGCACACGCAGAUGCCGGAUGGUGUGCAGGCCUUCGAGUUCCGUUCCACUGGGCAGACAGAAAAGCACUUGCCGGACGGCAGCAAAGAGAUUCUGUACCCGGACGGCAUCUACAAGAAGGUUCGGCCAGACGGCAGCGACGAAACCUUCUACCCUGAUGGAAAGCUGAUGGAGGAGUAG